AUGAACUUAGAAGAUGAUUAUGUGAAAAAUUAGAUGCAGGCCAUGAAAGCAGUAGUCAAGGUAUUGUCAUUUAUUAUUUUAAGAAAAAAGAUAGACAUCUAGUAGAAGAAAGUUUAAGAAAGGACUAUUGUGAAUAAAACAAUAUCCAAUAUGUUCCUAAAGAAUAGAAUAAAUAAGGGAAGGCGAAUGAAAAAUACACAUAUUAAGUAAAAGAUAAAUUUGAAGUUCGUGGAUAAAUACGAUAAGAUAUUUAAAAAUAAUAAGAUAAUCAAUAAGAGAAAUAAUAACUAAAACAAAAUCAAUAAUAAGGAUAAUAAAAAUAAAGAUAAAAUGAAUAAAGAGAAUAGGGUGAUAAUAAAGAAAAAAAUUAAUAAAGUAAUAAUUUUUAAGAAAGUAACAAUAAUAAAUAAUACAAUUAAAAAAAUUAAGGGUAAUAAAAUAAAUAAUAACACACUGGAAAUAGAUAAACUGAAAAAUAAGGUACUACUAAUUAAAAAAAAACUUAGUCUCAAAAUAAUGAUUAACCAUUUGUUUAUCCCUACAUAUAAGGAUAAACAAAUCAUGAUAAUAAGGUAGUGAAUGAUAAUCAUAAUAACAAAGAAAUGAGAAAUAAUUUUAAUAAUUAAUAAAAUAGAUAAAAUACCACUAAUAAUAAUAAUAAUAAUAACUAAUAAAAUAAUUAAACAAAAAGAAAUAACAAUAAUAAAAAUAAUAACUAAUUAAAUGAACAUGUUCACUAUAAAUAAGUAAGAAGGAACAGAAGAGCAGAAAAACAUAUUAAAUCAACGUAAUCAGAUUAGAAUAAGUAAUUUAAUUAAAGAAAAUUCAAUUAUUAUAAAUAUAAUCAUUUUAAUGAUGAUUAUAAUAGAUUAGAUGAUAGCAAUUCAUUAGAUGAUGAUUAUAAUAUAAAAAAAGAAGAGAAAAAUUAAAGAUAAAGAUAAUAAAGAAGAGAUAAUGAUGAUUAUGGACUUAAUGAAUAUGGACUUAAUGAAUAUGGUUAUUAAGAUAAAAAUGAUAAAAGAAAUAAUAAUAAUAAGAAAUAUUAUAAAGGUGGAAAAAACAAUAAAAAAAAUAAGAAGAAUUAAGAUUUUGAAUAAUAUUGGACUGAAUAAUAAAUUGAAAAAGGAAAAGCAGAAAAUGAAAUUUUUGAAGGAAUUUUCAUAGCCAAUGAAUAUACAAGAGAGAAGGGUACUAUUAAAUGUCCUAUUUUUAAGAAGAAAGUACAUAUUAAUUGUAAGAUUUUUAUACUAAAUAUUAGCCUUUGUUGAAACUAAUAGAGCAUUACAUGGAUCUCUUGUUGCAUUCAAAAUUACAAAAAUAUAAAAAGGUAAAGAUGAAUCAGAUGAUGAUUUUGAAGAAGAGAUAAUAACUGAAUAAAUGCCAGUAAAGAAAACAAAAGAACAAAAAUAGGAAUAAACAUAGUAAAAGAUACGUGAAAGUGAAGAGAAUGAUGAUGAUUGGGAGGAUGUAAAUAGCCAAGAUGAAUAAGAGGAUGAUAUUUCAGAAGUAUCAGAUCUCUAUGUUGUUAAAAAGAAGGUCCCAUUAACAAAGAUUUAAAAAUUAUAAAAGGCUCAACUUAUAGGUAAGAUUGUGGGAAUAAGAAAAAAUCCAUUAGAAAAUAGAUAGAUGAUUGGAAAGAUAUGUUUUAAUGAAAAACAUGGAUUAUUUGAGAAAGAAAUAAAAACUAAAGAAGAAUUAAUAAAUUAUAUUGAAAAGAAUUAUUAUGUCUCAUUUAAAUGUGUUAAUAAAAGAAUUCCAUUUUUCAAUGUGAAACAAUUACUUACUUUUAAUUAUGAAUUGGAUAAUUAAGAACCUGUAUAGAAAUUCAUGGAUUAUGUGUCAUAAAGAUAUUUUUCAGCAAAGUAUCUAUCAUGGGCAAAAAAUAGUAAAUAUCCAAUUGUUGAAUUAAUUAAAGAAGUAGGAGUUUAAGGAAAUAUUGAUGUAGAAUGUGAAGCUAUAUUAACAGAGAAUUCAGUUUAUGACAAUGAUUUUUCAGAUAUUUGUAAAGAAGAAAUGAAGGCAUUUACUCAUGAUUCUAUAGCAAAUGAAAGAGUGAAGAGAAUGGAUUUGACUAAAGAAUACAUUUGUAGUAUAGAUCCUGUUACUGCAAGAGAUUUGGAUGAUGCAUUGAGUAUUAAUGAUUUAGGAAAUGGAGUUUAUGAGAUUGGAGUACAUAUUGCUGAUGUUUCUCAUUUUGUUCUUCCCAAUAGUGAAGUAGAUAAAGAAGCAAUAUUAAGAACAACUUCUGUUUAUUUAGUUCAUAAGGUAAUUCCCAUGUUACCCAGAAUUCUUUGUGAAGAAUUAUGUUCAUUGAAUAGGGAUGUUGAAAGAUUAGCAUUUUCUGUAUUCUUUAAGAUGACAAGUGAAGGAGAUGUGUUAUGGGAUAGUUUUAGAGCUGCUAAAUCAGUUAUUAAAAGUUGUGCAUAAUUAAGUUAUGAUAUAGUAAAUUAAUUAAUUAAUGGUGAAAUUCAAUAUUUUAGUUAAGGAGAAGCAAGAUAUAAAGUUUCUGAAGGAUUUGAUGAAAAUGUAUUGAAAGAUAAAAUUUUAUUGUUAAAUACUAUUGCAUAAAAGAGAAGAGAAAAGAGAAUGGAUGGAUCAUUAACAUUUGAUAAAAGCAAAUUAAGAUUCAUUCUUAAUGGAGAUUUGUUUCCUACUGGUUAUACAGAAGAAAAGAGAGGAUUAGCUUAAUUUAUGGUAGAAGAAUGGAUGUUGUUGGCUAAUUAAUUUGUUGGAAAGAAAUUGAUUGAAUAUGAUAGUAAAACAGCUAUUCUUAGAUAACACAUAUCACCUAAAGCUGAAAAAUUAGAAUAUUAUAGAAAGUUAUUAGAAGCAUGUGGAUUAGAAGAGAUGGCUAAAAAUUUGGAUGUAUCAACAUCUAGAAAUUUAAAAUUAACUAUGGCUAAAGUAAAUGAAAUUGAAUCUGAAGAAAUUAAAUUGAUUUUAGGAUUCCGUCUAUUAAAAUUAAUGGAAGCAGCUCAAUAUUUUGUUGUUGAUGAUACUCCUGAAUUUGAAUGGAGACAUUAUGCCUUAGAUUUUGAUGUAUAUACACAUUUUACAUCUCCAAUAAGAAGAUAUCCUGAUGUUUUAGUACAUAGAAGGUUAUAAAUUGCUCUUGAAUAAUAAGAAAUUGAUCAAACAGGAGAAACAAGAGAUAAAUUAAAAGCUAUUAUGUAACAUUGUAAUGAUUGUAAAUUAAAUUCAAGAAGAGUUAGUGAUUAAUGUGAUUAAGUAUGUCUAAUAAAUUUAUUCUUAGUUAUUUUUAGCUUUGCUUCUAAAGGCUAAUCCAGUUGAAGUAGAUGGAUAUAUUCUCUCAGUUAAUAAAUAACAAAUUGAAGUUAUCAUCCCAAAAUUCAAUUUAGAAAGAGUAUAUUUAUUUAUAAAUAUUUUAGAAAGUUGAAUUAAAGAAUUUAAAGAAUACAUAUAAAUUUACAUAUGAGGAAUAUGAAGAAAAUAAAUAUGAAUUGAUUAUUUCUUAUAAUGAUCCUGAGGAUGAAAAGGGAGUUAGAUUAUAUUUUAUUAAAGUAAUAAAAUGUAUUAUUUUAAUAGCAAUUUUAAUAAGUAAAAAUUAAAUUAUCAGGUACGGAUACAUUCCCAAUAGAUUAUUAAAUACAAAUAAUUAUUAAUAAUAAAGUUUUAAUUUGAUUUGU